AUGGAUGGUAGCACGGGAGACAUAGGGGACGAUUUCUACCACAGAUUCAAGGAGGAUAUUCAACUGAUGAAGACGAUUGGAUUGGACUCCUUCAGAUUUUCCAUCUCCUGGACCAGAAUUUUCCCAAACGGCAAGCUUAGCGGUGGAGUGAAUCAACUUGGCGUCAAGUUCUACAACGACCUCAUCGAUGAACUCCUCUCCAAUGGUAUAAAGCCAUUUGUCACUCUCCUUCAUUUCGACCCUCCCCAAGCUCUAGAGGAUGAAUACGGCGGCCUUCUAAGCCCUACAUUCGUGGACGAUUUUGUUGUAUAUGCGGACUUUUGCUUCUCGACAUUCGGAGACCGAGUCCAGAAAUGGGUGACCAUCAACGAGCCCAACUCGUACACCAUGAACGCCUACGACUUUGGCAAAUUCGCCCCCGGCCGGUGCUCGAGUUGGAUGGGGAACAACUGCACCGACAGAGGCGUCGGCGGCGACUCCUCGACCGAGCCGUACGUGGUGGGCCACCACUUCCUUUUGAGCCACGCGGCGGCGGUGAAGCUGUACAGGGAAAAGUACCAGGCGAGGCAGAAGGGAGGGAUCGGGAUCACGAUCGCCACCCACUGGUUCGAGCCCAAGUACAGAACCCUGCCCUCGAGCCAGGUGGCGGCUUCGAGGGCAUUGGAUUUCCUGUUCGGGUGGUUGGUCCACCCGAUCACGUACGGGGACUACCCCAAGAGCAUGAGGUCGAUGGUAGGGGAUCGGCUCCCAAGAUUCACUAGGGAAGAAUCGGAGAUGCUGAAAGGGUCCAUUGAUUUUCUGGGCCUGAAUUAUUACACCAUGAAUUACGCCGAGAACACGCCGCCGCAGCUUUUGGCCGCCGCCACCACCACCAAUCCUAGCUACUCCACCGAUAGCCGUGCCGUUCUCUCCACUGAAAAGGACGGCAUCCCGAUUGGCACACCGACUGCUUUGGAUUGGCUGUUCAUAUGCCCAAAGGGAUUCCAGAAGCUGCUGCUCCAUAUAAAGGACAACUACAAUAACCCACCGGUUUACAUCACUGAGAAUGGAAUAGCCGAUCAAAGUUCGUUGUCGUUGGAAAUGGCGCUCGAAGACACGCUGAGAAUAAAGUACCAUAGCACACAUCUUCAAUCCUUGUCGAAUGCGAUCAAGGGUGGGGCCAACGUAAAGGGUUAUUACGUGUGGUGCUUCUUUGAUGAUUUUGAGUGGGACGCUGGUUAUACGGUGCGUUUUGGGAUGACCUACGUGGAUUUCAACAACAAUUUGAAGAGGUAUCUCAAGGCUUCUGCGUAUUGGUUCCAGAACUUCCUUGCUUCACCACCAUCAACUCUCCAAAGUGAAAUGUAG